AUGAGGACGAUCUGCCGAAGAGGUUGUCAAAUUACCAUUGACCAACCCCUCAAUGACACAUGCACUGCUUCGAUAGAAGUAUAUAACCUAAACAACGGAGACUGGCAGCAGACCGUAAACCAGACACAAAACCCACUUUGCGGAUUCAUGAACGAAUACUCGGCUAUUAUCUCUGACCUAGCCCAGUAUGGGAAUUUCCCCACCAAAUGUCCUAUUCAGCCCGGCGAGGUGGAGAUCCGUCGUUACUACCCUAAUAAAUGCCUGUUACCAAGAGCCAUGCCAGACGGCCAACUCAUGUUUCAGAUCAAUAUCAAGUGUGAGUAUGACGGUGAAAUGGUGACAGUACUUGAAGCAGAACUAGAAGAGAGGGUCGUUCCUGCAAGCAGUGGUGGUACACCCUCCCGCUGCUGA